ACGGGGGGAGAAGGGGCAGCGAGUUAGGCUGCGUGCUACAUAAAGCGCUGCUGCGUGAGCCUUUGACGUGUUUGGAGCUAGAGACGGCCUGGGUGCUGGGGUAGUCGCAGUGCAAGGCUUCGGUUAGUGACUGGAGCCAUCGGUCCUCUGGGCGGAGGGGAGGGGGGGGCGAACGACCCGAACCCUGCCCCAGAUCCGUCCAGUUGAUGGAGAUGAACGUACUCCUUGAUAUGCCGGCCCCUUCCAGUCAGAAAGCAAAUCAGGCGCCGAGAAGAAAGCAGCUAUUGGGGGAGUAAUAUCAAGGAAUAAACUUGAGAACUGCCUGGACCCUAAAUCCUUCCUUGAAGAAGUUGCCUACUUUCAAGUCAUAUCACCCCCUUGAGUUCCAGUAGGUAUCUGAUUAAAACAGUAAACUGAACAUAAAAUAUUUAUUUGCUAAAGCUGCAGUAAGAAGAUUAGGAUGCCUAUUGUUACGAAGAGACUUAGAGACCCUGACAUAAAUCCUUGUCUGUCGGAAUCAGAUGCUUCUACCAGAUGUAUGGAUGAAAAUAAUUAUGACAAGGAAAUGUGUGCCACUUGUUUCUUGAAGUACAAAAACUGCAGGAAAUUUUGGAAUGCCAUUAUGAUUGAAAGACGGCGAAAUGGAAUUACACCACAUAUGCCCACAGCUGCAGAAAGAGAAAAAAUCUUGGGAGCAAUGGGAAAGAUGCCCUAUUAAAGGCUUAUAAGCAACA